AUGACUGAAGAAUUUUUUCUAAACUAUACCUUGAACAAUACAAACUCUUCAUUAACUAAUAGCACAAAAAAUUCAACAAUACCGACAGUAUAUUCACUUGGUCCAGGGUUAGUUGUAGCAUCUUCAAUAUCUAUUGUUAUUGGAACAUUUUUCUCAAUAAUUUCCAUAUAUCGUUAUUUACGAAAACCAAAUCUUCGUACUUAUUUUACUUAUAUUUUUCAUUAUAUGUUAAUUUAUUGUCUUAUAGCAUCAUUCAUAAAUAUACCAAUAUUUCUAACGGGAUUUUAUUUACAUUUAUUUGAAUACUCCUAUCGUUUUUGUCAAUAUUAUAAUGUAAAUGCAUUAUCAGUUAAUAUAGGUAUGGUUACAUGUUUAGCUUAUACCAGUUUAGAACGUCAUUCAUUAAUAUUUCGUCAAAAUGGACUUCUUUCAUGGCGUCGUCAAAUUAUACCUAUAAUAUGUCUUAUAUUCUAUUCAUAUUCAGUGUCAAUGUUAAUUGUAUUUAUUCCUCAAUGUGAGUAUAUUCCAUGUAUUCCUUGUCAUGCAAUACAUUUACAAUAUAUGCUGAUAUGGUUAACAAUUAGUUUUAUGAUACCUGAAUUAAUUAUGUUUAUUUCAACAAUUAUACUUGUAAUACGUCUUUAUCGACAAGGAAUUAAUUUAAAAAGUUCGAAAGAUAGAAGUAUAUUUUAUCGAAUUUUUCUACAAAUGAUAUUAUAUAUUAUUUGGUCAUGUUUAUAUUAUUGUCCACCAACAUUUUAUAAUUUAGCUGCAAUUAUUAAGUCAGAACAGUUUUCACCAUCAAUGAAAUCAGUAAUGAUGAUUAUUAAUACAAUAACUGUUCAAUCUUAUUCAAUAUUAACAUUUAUUUUAAUGACAAAUUAUCGUAGAAAAAUUACAAAUAAAAUUACAAAACAACUAUCAAAUGAAUCAGCAAUAAAAACUAAUCGUUUAUCAAUAACAAUUGAACCACCAAUAGUUCAAUAA